CCAAGUCCUCUUCUAUCCAGCUGUAAGCAACAUAAUCUAGAAGGAGGGGGAGGCAAAUCCCCUAAGCUUUUAAAAAAGAGGAAGAAAAAGAGGGUCCCACAGAUGUCCUGAAAAAUACAUACUCCACCAUUGCCACUAUGGCUUUUGACAUUGAGCACUAAUGAUGCAAUAAAAAGUGUAAAGGGGGGUGGAGUUGAUGCUGCUCACUUUUCCAGGGAAUUAGUUCUAAUUUGCUGCGGCCUUGGGAAAAGAUUUAUGGGAUGUGGCUGACAAAGCUGCUCAUAAAAGAGCCAGUCUUUCCUGAGCCACUUUGCAGUUGAAGUUAUGAGCAUCUUGUUGAAGGAUUUAUUUCCUGGAGCAUCUGUGCACAAACUGAAGAUGUUUCUGACUUUGCUGCUGUUCAUUCUUGGGACACAGACUUCUAUAGCACAGAAACCUGCUUCUGAGUCUACAGAUGUUGUCCUUUUGAUUGACAGCUCUAAUGCCCUUGGGAGAAGGGCUUUUCCCUCAGUGAAAUCUUUUGUUAACAGAAUCAUCAGCAGUCUCCCAAUAGGCCCAAACAAGUAUCGUGUUGCACUUGUGCAAUACAGUGAUGAUGUGCACAUUGAAUUCCAGUUGGAUGACCAUAAAGCCAAGAACCCCAUGUUGAACCACCUCAAAAAGAGCUUUUUAUUCAGAGGUGGACCUUUAAGAACAGGGAAUGCCCUGCAAAAAGUCCAUGAGACUUUUUUCAAAAUACCAAGAAAAGACAGAAACCAAAUUGUGGUGGUAACAACUUCGGGAGAGUCAGAUGAUGAUGUUGAAGAACCUGCAAAAAGAUUGCACGGUGAUGGAAUAAAAAUCAUAGCUUUAGGAACGCAGGUUGCACCUCUUCAAGAGGUGCAAUCAGUGGCUACACACCCAUUCUACUAUCAUUUUGAUACACCAAAGGAACUCCUAAUGUUUUCUCAAAACAUGUCUGAAGUCAUUGGAGCUGCUAUUCAAAUGGACAGUAGGACAGACCUCACAACGCCUGCUCCGCCAAGUGUAAAAGACAGAGUUCGUAAUAAAACCGCAGAAGCUGCAGUGUGCCUUGGUGAUUCCAUUGCGGACAUUGUAUUUGUGGUGGAUGAAGGUGUUUCUCGCGCAAACUCUGAAUAUAUCAGAACAUUCUUGCAAGACACAGUAAACUCUCUCGAUGUGAAUGAAGCAUGCGUAAGAAUUGGCCUAGUGACAUACAGCACUGAGCCAAAAGUAUUGACUUUUCUGGGAGAUGAAACAGAGAAAAAUGAUCUUCUGCGGAAAAUUCAGAGCUUUUCCGCUAAAGAAGGGAAAGCUAAUUUGGGUGCUGCCAUUAAUAUUACUACAAAGAGUGUUUUUUCCAGAAGCAGAAAGACUCAAGGAGCAGAACAAGUAGCCACCAUCAUCACCCACAGACCCUCAGAUGAUGAUAUAAGAGGUGCAGCUACUCUCAUUAGCAGGGCUGGUGUGACAGUAUUUGCCAUAGGCAUUGAAAGAGCAGAUGCCAAUCAGUUAACACAGAUAGUAUCACAUCCACCAGUACAGAAUAUUAUGAAAUUGACCAGAUUCUCUGACCUGCCAAGUCUGGCCACCAUUUUUCAAAAAAAGCUUUUCAAUGAAAUAGAAUACAAGCUCUAUGUCCAAUCUGAAAGACGAGCACAGCUCAAAUCAGGAUGUGUGGAAACAGAAAAGGCUGAUAUUUAUUUUCUCAUUGACGAUUCUUCAAGCAUUCAUGAGACUGAGUUCAACAAAAUGAAGAUUUUUCUGAAGGAAUUUAUUAAGCUGUUUACUCUAGGACCUGAUCAUGUUCGGUUUGGAGUUGUGAAAUAUUCAAAUUUUCCUAAAUUACAAAUUGAACUUGGUUGUCACACCACACACAUCAAUUUAGAAAAAGACAUUAAUAAUAUCAAACAGACAGCGGGAGAUGAAACGCGUACUGGAGAUGCUCUAAAGUUCAUGCAGCCAUUGUUUGAAGAGGCGAGAAAACAGCGUGAUGGCAAAGUGCCCUGCUAUCUCAUUGUGCUGACAGAUGGAGAAGCACUGGACAGUGUGAAGGUACCCGCUGAAAUGCUGAGGAAUGCAAAGAUCAAUGUUUAUGCCAUUGGAGUGAAAGAUGCUAAUAGAAAAGAGUUGCUUGAGAUCACAGGCUCAGAGUCAAGGGUUUACUUUGUGCAACAGUUUGACUUCUUGGAAAAAAUUAAAAACAAUGUUGUUCGAGACUUAUGCAAUGAAAAAGCCUGUAAGGAAAUGAAAGCAGAUGUCAUGUUCCUAGUGGACAGCUCUGGUAGCAUAAGCCCUGAUGACUUUGCAAAAAUGCAGAUAUUCAUGAUGGAACUUGUGAACAAAUCUGACAUUGGCCGAGACCAAAUGUGUGUUGGUGCUGUCCAAUUCAGUGGCACAACUGAAGAAAGCUUUCCCCUUAACAAGUACUCAACAAAAAGCAGUAUCAUUGAGGCUAUUGGGAGUAUGUCUCUCAUAGGAACCACCACACUCACUGGAGCAGCGUUGCAAUUUGUUUCUGAUUAUUUUGAGCCUGCCAAAGGGGGACGGUCUGCUGUCAACAAAGUUCUUAUCCUGAUCACAGAUGGGGAAGCACAAGAUGAAGUAAAAACUCCAGCCACAGCCCUGAGAGAUAAAGGCAUCACUAUCUACUCAGUUGGAGUAUUUAAUGCCAAUAAAACUCAGCUAGAAGAGAUCAGUGGGAAACCCGAGAAAGUGUUUUAUGUGGAAAACUUUGAUAUUCUGAAGCAGAUACAAAAUGACAUCAUGUUCGGUAUAUGUAAUCCCGAUGAGAAAUGCAAAAGGAUAGAACAUUUAGAUAUAGUAUUUGUAAUUGAUAGUUCUGGCAGCAUUGGUCUUGAAAAUUAUGGACUCAUGAAGGACUUCAUGAUUGGCAUAGUGAAUAAAUCUGAUGUUGGCAGGGACCACGUUCAGUAUGGAGCACUGAAAUAUUCUGAUGAUCCACAAACUCUGUUCUAUCUUAAUGAGCAUAAUACAAAAUCAAAAGUCAUUGAGGCUAUCCAGGGUGACCAACAUUUAGGGGGUAAUACAUACACAGCUGAGGCUCUUGAACAUUCAGAACUUCUGUUCACCAAGAAUCACGGCAGCCGGAAGCGCAGGGGUGUUCCCCAAAUUCUUAUGGUCAUAACCGAUGGCGAAUCCCAUGAUAGAGAAAGACUUGAUGAAGUGUCAAAGAGCAUCAGGGCCAGUGGAGUUAUUAUCAUUGCCAUUGGGAUAAAAGAAGCAAACCCUGAUGAGCUUCUUACUAUGGCUGGAUCAAAAGAAAACCAGUACUAUGUGGACACAUUUGACGGACUAAAAUACAUAUCCAAAAUGUUAUCAGAUCAUCUAUGCAAUACUUCAAACCCAGGAUGUGUAAUCCAAGCAGAUCUUGUUUUCUUGAUUGAUGGAUCCCGAAGUAUACCCAAAGCUGACUUCAAUAAGAUGAAAGACUUUCUGAAAAAACUAUUGGAUUUGAUUGAUUAUAAUGACAAGAUACAAGUUGGCAUGGCCCAAUUUAGCGACAUGUAUCAAGAAGAAUUCAGUCUGGGUGCUUAUCAGAACAAAUCAGAACUGAAAGAUAAAAUCGUUAAUGUUUUAAUGAUGGAAGGUGGUAAUACUUUCAUUGGAAAGGCUCUCAAAGAAGUGAAAGCCUUCUUCAACUCCACAAGACGCAGAAUACCUAGAAAUAUCCUGUCAAAGUUGCUGGUAAUCACAGAUGGAGACUCAGAUGACAGUGUUGAACAGCCAGCAGAGGAUCUGAGAAAUGAAGGUGUGGAGAUUCAUGUAAUUGGAGUGGGAAAGAUUAAACAGGGACAACUUUAUCAGAUCACUGACUCCUCAGAUAGGAUAUACACAGUGGCUAACUUCAGUGAACUGUCGAAUAUUGUAAAACCCGUAACAGAUGAAAUGUGUAAAGAUGAUGUUACAGCAACAUGUUUUGUGGAUGUUGUUAUGGGAUUUGAUAUUUCAUCUCAGAAGCCAGGGGACCUUCUUUUCAACCACCAGCGCCUUUUGGAGGCCUACCUUCCUAGUAUUUUAAAAGACUUUACAUCAUAUAGUACUGUGCAUUGUAAUAAAGGAACAAAAACCCAGUUCAGUGUGGCAAGUGCAAUAGAAAAUACAGACCCACCUUUAUUGCCAGCUCUCCACGUCGACCAUGAAAAAAUUCUAGAGAAACUCAGGAAAGUUGUGAUCAGCAGCCCAUCAUAUCUCAAUGUCAAGUUCUUGGACAACCUUUGGAAUGCAUUUGAAAACAUAUCUAGUAAUCAAAACCGAAGCAAGGUGUUACUUCUGUUCUCUGAUGGCUUGGAUGAUGACAAAGAAGCACUUAAACGGAAAUCUGAAGAAUUUAGGAAAAAAGGACUGGAUGGAAUACUAACAGUUGCCCUGGAAGGAGCCACCAACUUUGCAGAUCUACUGUCUAUUGAAUUUGGAAAGGGAUUUGGAUAUAAUAAUCAGUUAACUAUCGGUACACAAAAUAUUGCCAGAAGACUGUUUGCAUAUGUGGAACAAAUUGCUGAGAGAACAUGCUGCUGUUCAUUUUGUACCUGUAUGGCAGAAGAAGGCCCUCGUGGACAAAAAGGGAAAAUGGGACCACAGGGAUCUAAAGGUCUUCGUGGCCAUCCAGGAUAUAUAGGAGAAGAUGGAGAGCCAGGACACAGAGGAAUUCCUGGGCCAGAGGGACACCAAGGCCAUAGGGGAGACCGAGGCAAUCGAGGAGUGAAGGGGCUACAAGGGCCAAGAGGAGAAAAGGGAGAGAAUGGAAUUGCUGGGGUUGAUGGAAUUCCAGGAGAAGAGGGAUCACUUGGACUCUCAGGACUGAAAGGAGAAACGGGGGAACCAGGCUUGCCGGGCAGCACGGGACCAAGAGGACUUCCUGGUGACCAUGGUCCAAAAGGCUUCCAAGGAGAUCCUGGAAAUUCUGGAGUGGACAAUGACUUAGAAGGAGGAAAGGGUCCCAAAGGGAUGCGAGGGAGUGCGGGAGAAAGAGGAUCAAUAGGUUUAACAGGCGUGGCAGGAUCUCCAGGAAACAGAGGACCUGAGGGACGAAGAGGAGUUCCAGGCCCACAGUCACCACCCUCCUUCCCCCCCUCCUUUCUUGUCUUUUCAACUGUCUUCGAGUACGCGGCGACGGGGGAAGCACGGGCCCCUCCUCUUCUGAAGUCUCCGACUCUGGGACAGAAAGGAACCCCUGGUCCCAAUGGUUUACAAGGGGAGCAAGGAUUUCAAGGUCCACAGGGGACAAUAGGCAUUCCUGGUGAGACAGGAGAGAAGGGACAUUCAGGGAACAAAGGUCUUCAGGGACCCUUGGGAAUUCCAGGUCCUAAAGGGAAUAUAGGGAAACCUGGACUCAGAGGAAAUAAAGGAGAACCCGGGGACCCUGGAGUGAAAGGAGCCAGAGGCUCCCGUGGUCCACAAGGAAUAAGGGGGGAUGAGGGAACUGCUGGAUAUGGCGGACAAGGAAUUAAAGGAUCCAAGGGAGAAGAAGGUUUCCUGGGCUACACUGGAAUACAGGGUGAGCCUGGAGACAUAGGCAUUCCCGGGGAACCUGGACCAAAAGGCAUUAGAGGAAGAAUGGGUACUCCAGGAUUAAAAGGUGGAAGAGGUGACCCAGGGGCAUGGGGUCCUCCUGGACAUCUGGGGGCAAAAGGAGCAAAUGGUCUGGCUUCAUUUUCGCCCUGUGAACUCAUUGAGUAUGUGCGUGAACACAGCCCUUGUUGGGCAGGAACAGCAGAAUGCCCAUUGUAUCCUACAGAAUUAGUAUUUGCCUUGGAUGUAUCCCAAGAUACUACACCCCAGAUAUUUGAACAAAUGAGAGAGAUUGUCAUAGCAAUCGUGAACAAUACCAAAAUCAGGGAAAGCAAUUGCCCGGUGGGAGCCAGAGUGGCUAUUGUGUCCUACAGCUCCAAUACCCACUAUCUGAUCCGCUUCUCAGACUUCCACAGCAAGAACCAUUUGCUCCAGGAGCUUAAUGCGCUUUCUUACCAGAGGUCAACAAACAGACGAGACACUGGUGCGUCUAUGAGGUUUGUUGCCAGGAAUGUUUUCAAGCGAACUCUUCCAAGUGCUAAUGUGAGAAAAGUUGCUGUCUUUUUCAGCAAUGGCCAAUCUGACAAUUCAGAUGCUAUCAACACAGCAGUCUUGGAGUUCAGUGCAUUAGAUAUCCAUCCAGCGGUCAUUGCUUUUAAAAAUAUCCCUAGCAUCAAUCGUGCUUUUGCGAUGGACGACACAAGACUGUUUCAAGUUAUUAAUAUUCGCCCAGAGAGGGAUUAUAUUCCAGCCCUACAAAGACUUCAGUUGUGUGUUCUUUGCUAUGACAAAUGCAGACCAGAGAACUCUUGCCUCCGUGCUGAAAGCUCCCUUCCUCGUGCCUAUGUGGAUGCUGCCUUCAUUUUGGAAAAUUCAAGGAAAAUAAGCCCUGUUGAAUUUAAGAAACUGAAAGAUUUCCUAAGCACUGCAAUUGACAACUUCAACAUUUCUGCUGCUCCAGAGACCUCUUUGAUAGGUGACAGGGUGGCUGUGGUGAGCCAUGCUCCAUUGGAAUUCAGACAUCAAAUACAGGAGAGUCCUGUAAGGACUGAGUUUGAUUUUGUGACUUACAGCAGUAAGAGACGAAUGAAAAGGCAUAUCCAGGAGUCUGUCCAGCAGCUAAAUGGAGCAGUUGCUGUCGGGCAUGCCAUGCAGUGGACAAUCAAUAACAUAUUUUCUGAAGCACCCAAUCAGAGAAAAUACAAGGCUAUCUUUGUUGUUUCUGUUGGAAAAACAAGUCAAUGGGACAAGAAAGUGUUGACGGAUGUGACCCUGAGAGCCAAGUGCCAAGGCUAUGUGCUGUUUGUGCUCUCAUUAGGGAAUGAGUAUGAUGAUACAGAACUUGAAGAACUGGCAAGCAUGCCGCUGGAACAUCACAUGGUACAGCUUGGCAGAAUUCACAAAGCUGAACUUGGAUAUGCAGCAAAGUUUCUCAAACCAUUUCUACGCCUUCUCAAAAGUGAAAUCAACAGCUAUCCACAAACACAGCUCAGGAGAAAAUGUGCAAUAAUCAACACACAGAGACCUGUGUAUAUUCCACAAAGAGCCACCACUUUUGCAGCUGACAAUACUGUGUCAAGUGAAGCUAUGGCUCUAGAUGCUGAGCCUGCUUUUCUGAGGGACACAUCAUAUGAUUCUGUAUCCCCUCAAAAUGCCAUCAGCAGCGGACAGCAGAUCAUUGUACUUGGAAAUUAGUAAAGUGUUCGGGUUGGAAACUGCACUGAAAAAAUAACCUCUCCAGAGUCUUGUCAAGAAGUUUUGCACCCCAUUGUUGCUGAUAUCUCUGCUAAUUGAUUUAAUUGAAUAGGAACUGAAAACAAAUCUCUACUUAAAAAGCACAAGAAUUCAAAAUACUGAAGACAGUUUGGGAGGGUGCAAACUGAUAGUUCUGACAAGAUGGGCAGCAGAAGAGGACUUUAAUCUGUGGAUCUACCUUCUGCUAGUUUUCUAUUUCCUUCGGAUGAGUGAAAAUCACGAAACAUAGAUGGCUAAAGGCUGUAAGAAUUUUGUUGUUUCCAGAGGUUUCCCAGUUUUUUGGCUAAUAAAUGCACAAAUGGAUGUGCUCUAUUUUCUAGUUGGGAACAAUGCUAUUGGGUUUGCUAUAUGAAAUACGUCCAUGCUUGCAAAUGUUUGUUAUAUAUGAGAUAGUGUUCUCACUCCCGCUUGCUCAGGCCCAAGUCAUUUUUAAUAACUUUUUAAAAAAAAAAAUCCUUUGUUUCCUAACUGAUUUUUGAAAUGUCCUUGGAUAGCUGUGCUUUCUGUUGAUGAUCUAACAAAGUUUUUGAACACUGUUAUAAUGCAAAUAGCAUAUAACGUUAUUAUGCAAAUAGCAGUAGAGAUGCAUUUUUAUAUUUCUGAUUCUGCAGUUUUGUGCUAAACUAGAAGUAGGGAUAGUACAAAGCUGAACAUUAGUCCUUGGGGGUUUUGCUCAUUUUGCUGUGCUACUCAUGUUGUUUGCAGUCUGCAAUUUGGAUAUGAGGUGGCAGGAGAAACACAUGCAAUCUCUGUAUGCCUUACAAGAACCAAAGGAACGGAGUCACCACCCUUAAAUCCGGUCUCCCAUCAGGAAGCCUUCUUUUAUCUGAUCCCAGAUAGGUCAAUAUUUGUGAAUUCUAAAGGUGCCACAAGCAGCCAUAAGAAUGUAUGCAAAUAAAGUUGCCUUCAGAAUCAAACGGGUGAAAACAUGAUGUAUGUAUCUGAACCACUUCUGUGUCUUCAGUGAUGGUCCUAUAAUAAGAUACAGAUCAAUAGCUAGAACAUUCAGCAACCGUAGGUGCUUCCAGAUGGGUUUUUACUGUGGAAUGGGUCCUCCUCAUGUAAGCAAGUUGUCUAUUUUUUUCAGCAUCCACACCAUGUUGAUGGCAUCAAAAUGCCACCCCAUAUUCCCUCCCCCCCAUUUCAUCUGGAUUUACACUUCCCAGGAGAAAUCCAAGAUGUAAAAAAGAAAAGAAUAUCUGUUGUCAAUGUGUUCAUGAUAUCUCUAUGGCCCAUUUGCAAAUUAAGCCCCUGUCUCGAAGCACUUCUUACCCUGAAUCCCAGAAUCUGCAAAGAAUAAAGUCAAUAACAUCAAAAACCUUUGGAUAGAAUUCUUUUUGCCAUUAAAAUCCAUUUUUGCAGUUGUUAUCAUAAGAAUAGCCAUACAAAUCACACCAGUGCCUGUCUAGAUGCCUGUCUAGAUCACUGGUAUCUAGAUUUCAGUACUUCCAGAUAGUUUAAUUUGAAAGGCUACUUGCAGUGAAUUCUUAUUUCUGAAUCAUGUUGCACAAUCCCGUGUAUGUUUACUCAGAAGUUAAGUCCCACUUUGUUCAAUGGGGCUUACUUCCAGAUAAGAAGGAAUAGGCCUGCAGCAUAACAGAACUAUCCUACACGUGUUUACUCAGAAGCAAUUCUCAUUGAGCUUAGUAAAGUUUAUUCCUAAGUAAAACAGGCAUAAGAUUGCAGCCAUUGUAUGUUUACAACAUGUUUGCACUGAGAAUCACACCCAAUAGUUAGUAAUAUUUCUAUCUUGAAUGCAUUUGUCUUUUUGUAAUGAUUAUUAGUCAGGUGUAGUAUAUUAACCAUUACUAUCUCUUCUAACAAAAGAUCAGAAAAUCAAAUGGUGCUAUAUGGAAAAAUAUAUCAUCAUUUGCUUGUUUUGAAAACAAAAAUAAAACACAGCCUGAAUACAAAUAUAAAAGCUGGUAUUACAAUUUAUUGGGAUCAACGCAAGAAAGCCAUGCACCAAUACAGGCUGCAUUCUCUCUCAAAAAUAUGCACAGCCCGUGGCUUUUAGAUUAUUUAAUUUA